GGCCGAGCCGAGCCGAACCGAAUCGGGCCGAGCCGAACCGAAUCGGGCCGAGCCAUGGGGCAGAUCGAGUGGGCCAUGUGGGCUAACGAGCAGGCGCUGGCGGCCGGGCUCAUCAUGCUGACCGGCGGGAUCGUGGCCGUGGCGGGGCAGUUCAAAGGCUGGUACUUCGCGGCGUACGCCAUCGUGGCAGGCGUCUUGGUCUGCCUGCUCGAGUACCCCAGGAGCAAGCGGAAAAAGGGCUCCACCAUGGAGAGGUGUGGCCAGAAGUACCUGACGGCAGUGGUGAAGGUGUUUGGGCCCCUCACGAGGAAUUACUACAUCCGAGCCGUCCUGCAUGCUGCCCUGGCCGUCCCCGCUGGUUUCCUCCUCUCCACCAUCCUGGGCACCGUCUGCCUGGGCAUCGCGAGCGGCAUCUACCUGCUGGCGGCGGUACGCGGGGAGGAGUGGAGACCCAUCGAGCAGAAGCCCCGGGAGCGGCCGCACGUGGGGGACACCAUCAAGCAGCCGCCCAGCAACCCCCCGCCCCGGCCCCCCGCCGAUGCCCGCAAGAAGCAGCCGGCGGAGGUGGGGGGCAGGUGAACCCCAUUCCCAUCGAGGCUGAGUAACGAGGAGGGGGGGGCCCUCCUGCCGCUGCUGCACUGCUCGUGCUCCCGCUUCCCAGAUGCACCCCGGCUCCUCAGGGGGAAACUGGGGUGCCUGGCUCCUGGGGAUCCCCAAAUCGCCAGGGAUGCUCAGCUCCUCAGGGGGGUCCCCAGCUCCUGUGGACUCCCCAGCUCCUGGGGAGCCCCAAAUCCCCAGCGAUGCUUAGCUCCCUGAGGGGUCCCCAGCUCCCAGGGGCUCCUUAGCUCCUGUUGGAUCCCCAAGGAUGCUCAGCUCUCUGGGGGGUCCCCAGCUCCUGGGGAUCCCCAAAUCCCCUGAGGAUGCUCAGCUCCCCGAAAGGUUCCCAGCUCCCCAAGGGAUCCCCAGCUCCUGAGGAUCCCCAAAUCCCCAAGGAUGCUCAGCUGCCUGAGGGGGACCCCAGCUCUCCAAGCAGUCCCCAGUUCCCUGGGAGAUCCCCAAAUCCCUGGGGGAGAACCCCAGCUCUCCAGGGGUUCCCCAACUCCCUGAGGGGUCCCCACGGGGAUG